AGCAAGAGGAAGAGGCACUGCUGGGAGAAUGCCAGGCGCUUCGACAAGACCUCAUCACGGCGCAGGAGAGCUACAACAAUGCUGCCAAGGCCCUUAACACAGCGCUCGCGUACCGGACAUCCUUGAUCAUGGACAUUGAUUCUGUUACUGCACAGGAGCGCGAAAUGCAUGCCUCCAGCCACAGCGGGCAUGACGCACCUUCCAGGAGGAUUUCGUAUUCUUCACGGAACGGGGAGAACCCGGGGUCGUGGGAGAACCGGUCGAGUGCUUCCGCCAAUCCUGCACCUCAUCUUCUAUCGCGCCGUCAGCAGACUGUCAGCAUGGACAUUGAUUCGUGGGAGGUUGCGGAGCUGAGGGCAGGGGAGGAGCGGCGACGGCAGCAGCUUGAGACGCGGGAUCAGGCGCUGCGGGCGAUGGCGGAGGAGGUACAGCGGGUGCAGGGCCCGCACGCGGAGGCGACACAGCACCUGCGCAGCACGGAGGAGGCCAAGGCGAAGCUGGACAGGCAGCAGGCAGACAAGGAGGCGUUGCUUGAACACCGGCUCGCCCUGGUCCAGAAGAAGCACGACAUGGUGUCUGGCCACCAGCAGCGGCUGGAGGAUGCGCUGGCGCGGCUGCGGCACGACAACGCGUUUGCGCGGGCGACUGCGCGGGAGGCGACGGAGAACGUGGCGCGGCUGCGGGCGGAACUGCGCGCCAUCAGCGCCGCCACCACCCGCGCCGCCACGGGAAGCGCUCGUGGGCGCGCGGACACGCACACGCGCGUCGAGGGUAGCAGUGGAUGCAAUAGACACAGCAACAGCAGUGGCGGCAACAAAGACAGCAACGGCAACGGCAACAGCAACAGCAACAGCAACGACAACAGCAACAGCAACAGCAACGACAGCAACUACGGCAACAGUGCCGGCCGUGGAGAGGUGAAUGCUGGUGGCUCUUCUGGUCAGGGCACGAAGCGGGGCAGGCCAGCCGUGGCGGCGACAGCGAGCAGCGCGUUUGACGUUGAUGCAUCGUCGCUAUCGUUUGCGCUGGUGGACGAAGGGCGGGCGGAGAUGGCGCGGCGGCAGGCUGCGAUUGGCAAUCUGCACGCGGCGUUGCAUGCAAGCACGACCGCCAUCACCAAGAUCAAGGCGCAGCUGGACCGCGUCGUCGCCCGCACAGCAGGCGCAAUCGCAUCCGCCACUUGACUGACCCUGUGCCCUGCAUGCGCGUACAUGUGCUUGUUUGGUUGCUGUUUGCUGCCACUGCUGUUGCUGCACACCACAACAGCCGGUGUCUCUGUCUCUUGUUGCUGCUCUGUUCGUGACUUCCAUCUUGGCUGUGUCAUAACAUCACAUCUC